AUGCCUCCCCUCAUUCUACUUCAGCCCUCCCUGAGGGCCCUCACUGGUAAGUACUGUCUUGCUGCCUCCCCCUUCAGAUCACGCCGAGUAACUGACCGGGUUGUCGCUAUUCCAGGCCCUUCCUCCGUGCAGCUUCCCUUUGCCGCAUUGUCGCUCAACCCGGCCAAAACCUCCGUGAGAGCUGGGUCUACAGAGUCCCGAGAGCGCAGACGCCAUGACCCUUUCCUAAUGGCGCAGUCUCGUCAACGCAAGGCCGCCAACAUCUCCCGCCAGAAAGCCCUGGCCCAAGAGCGCGAAGGGUCUGUCGGCGACCCCGUCCAAAGCGAACCGACGCCCUUCAUCCAGGAACUUAGAAAGACGCAAGCGACUUUGCAGGACACAGACCUUAAUUACUUCGUCACACCGGAUGGUCUCAAUGAGGCGUUGGAAUACUCGAAGAACCUGACAUCACCGAUUCGGAACCCGGAUCGCGACACUGCUGAUCCUCAGCUCGAGAAAGAAGCCGCCGAAAAGCACCUUCAAGAACAUCGGAACGCACAGGAAGCCAUCCGUCGUAUUGUCAGUGUCGCCAACGGAAACACGAAGGACCACAUGCGUCUUCAUAUUCAGAAAUGCAUUGAGACCUUUGGCCGGCAUAAGACCGACAGCGAAUUGCCUCCCAAGCCUUCUGGCGUAUCGCAUGACUCUGCGACUGUUCAUCUUGAGAAAACUCCCCGGGUUGGCCCAGAUACUGGCUCUCCGGAAGUGCAGGUUGCUAUUCUCACGGCAAAGAUCAUGAACUUGUCUAGACAUCUCCAGACGACGAAAAAGGACCGACACAACAAGCGUAACCUGCGUCUACUUGUUCACAAGAGACAGAAGUUGCUUCGCUACUUGCGGAGGAAGGAGAGGGGUGGCCCCAGGUGGCAGAAUCUGAUGGAGAAGCUGGGUCUCUCGGAAGCUGCCUGGAAGGGUGAGAUCUCCAUGUAA